UAAGCAUUUCUUGCAUACCAGACGGGGAUUUCCGGUAUCUUUACCGGUGCUGGAAAAAUCCGUCUUACACCCCGGGGUGUAAGAUGACUCUCGUGCUGUAAAUGACGUAUUACGAACUACAUAUAUGUAGAAGAUUUAUGUAGUAAUAUAUAUUUUAUUUAAAAAACGGAAUAAAAAUUCAGUACCUUGACAGUUCCUAUUGGUUCCUGAUAGAAUAUUUCUCGAUUCAAAUCACGUUAUUUUAUCAAAAAUUCGUAACGUUACGCUGCAAUUGAUAAAACAAAGCCGGAACUAAACAUUGUUAUUUGUUUUGAAACGUCAUAACGUCUUUCCUGUUUACGGACGUUGGUUUCCCGCGCUUUGUUUAAAUACACUGCCAUAUGAAAUAGUUCUAAAAAGAAAGCCGUUCGAUUGAUUUUAUUCUUAUUAUUAUUUCUUAAAAUCGGUUUUCAAGAAAAAGAUUCUGUCACUGGUUAUAGGUGCAGAUGAAAUAUCCGGCUCUCGGGUAACUGUUCAGGCGGUAACUCGGCAAGGAGCCUCGUUACCGCCUAAACAGUUACCCUCGAGGCCGGAUAUUCCCAUCUGCACCUACAACCAGUGAAAGAAUCUUAUAAUAUUAAUCUUAUCGGGUAUGUUUUAUUUUAAGAUUUACCGCAUUAUACAAAUAUUACAAACAUAUUACUGAAAUGUCAAGAAAUAUGAGCAUUAUAAUACAGUAAUAUUCAGACCAGGGUAGAAAAUGACUUUGAGUAAAAUUGCUCGUAAAAUCCUUCUGUCAGACAAACAGACUAGUGCACAUACACCCUGUUUGAAAUCAAGAUAUAACAUGUAUAAAAUACGGUGUUCUGUUAGGGCCAUCGUGGUUUCGCGCUGUCAUCCUGAUGGUGAGAUCGCGUAAACACGAUGUAUAGACGCGAAAGCACGAUGUGAUAAAGCAAAAUCACGAUGCGAUAAAGCGAAAACACGAUAACAAAAAAUAUCGCGUCUUCGCGCUAUAAAUAUCGUGUUUUCACCCUCGAUUUUAUAUCAUGUUUCCGCGUUUUUCACCUUCGCGCUCAGUUGGGCGAAAACACGAAAACACGAUAUUUAUAACGUAAAAACGCGAUGUUUUUCGCAUCGUGUUUUCGCGAUCUUGUAUGGCGUUUUCGUGUUUAAGCCCUACUGAUUGCGAAGGAAAAAACACUAUGGGAGAUCGAUGGCGAAAACACGAUAUCUUAAUAUCGCACUUUCGCCUUCUAGUUGGAAAUAGACUCGUGUAUCGUGUAUCAGGGAGUAUUUUUCAGCCGGGGUUCUCGUGUUCUCUUCAACAGAUCUUAAGAUAUUUUGCUUAACUUCCGCGGUUUAUAUAUUGUGUAAAGACGUGAAAAAUGGUGUAAUAAUUGAAACAUACAAAACAGUAUUUGCAUACGUUAAAGUACAGACGCACAUGUAUGGAUUUAGCAGAGCAAUCGGGAAAUUAGGAAAUUCUUGUUCAUUUAAUCUGCGCAUCGGAUUCUGUUUGUAUUCUGUAUAGGAAUAUCCCUUGAUUAAGGUCAGACAUCAAAUAUUCUUCUCUUGUAUUUGACUGGACUUUAUUCUAGGAUAUGGGAUUACGUGAUUAAAAUGCACAGAUACAGAUACUGAGGUACACAAAGGACGUUCAUAAAAAUGUCCGACACACUUGAUGAUGUAAAAGUCUUGCAGCAGCAUGUGUCGAGACCACCGCCAAUUGCACUUGGUAUAAACGUAGAAAAACCUAAGUUUCCUCAAUAUGCAAUUUAUUCCAAACGCAUGGAGUCAUUUGAUUUAUGGCCGGAAUACCUGCCUGUACAGAAGAAAGAUGUGGUCGAAGCAGGUUUGGUAUACACAGGUGUUGGUGACAGUGUGAGGUGUUACUUCUGUGGCGGGGGUUUAAGGAAUUGGGAAGUAGGUGAUGUGCCAAUGGAUGAACACGCGAAGUGGUAUCCGAAAUGUCCUCAUAUUUUACUGGUUAAGGGCCAGACAUACAUUGACAGAAUUGCUAGAGAAGAAAAGCCUGAGAUAGACGGAGAAGAUGGAACAACUAUAAAACAGGACUCUGUUGAUUCAGCUAACCACUUAGAAACUGCGGCAGCACAGAGUUGCAUUCAAAUGGGUUACUCCAAAGUGAUGGUUGCUAAAGCAAUAAAGAUAUUUAUGACCAAAAAUGGAAACAGCGAUUUUAAAGGCAAAGAUUUGUGUGAAAUCCUUUUUGAUAUAGAAGAAUAUCUCGAGGAACUAGAAAAAAGUAAAGGUAAAGGAGACGAGAAAUUAGGUGGAGAGAAUACAUUAUUUAUUCCUUACGAAACGGUUCUUCCAAUGGAACAUUACUUGUUACUGAUUUUUCCAGAGCCACUCGAAAGUCUUCUUGAAGAAAAACAGAGAUUAAAAGAAAAUCAGAUGUGUAAAAUAUGUUUGGACAGUCGAGCUGAUUGGAUAUUUCUGCCAUGUGGCCACAUGGUCUGUCCUCAGUGUGCCCCAGCGCUUAUCGAAUGCCCCGUUUGCAGACAAACUAUCAAUGGACAGCUGAAAGCAUUCUUUUCCGUAACUAAUGAAGCAAACUUACUAUCCCUUGGAAGGAGUAUGAGGGUACAUGAUCCAUCUUGUCGACCAGAAGAACUACCCUUGCUGCCUUGUGGACAUAGCUAUUACUGUCCCAAGUGUGAACAAGAAAUAGCCAAGUGCCAUUUUCUGAGAUGUAAAAUAAGACAAAUGUGGGACAUUUUGCUGUGUGGACCUCUUUUGAGGUUAUUCUGCAAGAAAAGAACAAAGUAAGGAGUUACUGAAGUUUACGAAGUUACACAGUUUAACGAUUAUACAUAGGGCAAAAUCUUACUAAUUUUCUGUUAUUCAUUAUUUACUUGCGUCUAUCCAGGAAAGAUUUUUUUUACAAUGCAUACUACAAAACAUGAAGUGGAGUCGUGGAGUGGACUCAAAAUUGGAGUUGAGUCAUGGAGUGGAGUCAUAUUUGGAGUGGAGUGUGGAGUGGAGUUUAAAUUGGAGUAGCGUCAUGGAGUUGAGUCAGAUUUGGAGUUGACCAUGAGCACUGAGCACUCGAAAGUUUCUGUGCAGUAUUUCUUCACACAGAUCUUUACAUUUAGUUUCCCUUUUCUCUUCUAUAAUACUGCAGCAGGUAGUUAGUGCUAUUGUAAGUGCCGUUGGCCAUUAUUUUGAAUGUACUUAUGCGAAGGGCCAAAUGGUACAUAUGGUAUUUACCAAUGUUUCUUCAUUUCGAAAACGUUAUUAUUUUCUCUCGGUAUUAACAAUAUAACUAGACUUUUAAUCAUGUUUACAAUACAAUUGAGUUAUACAUGUAUAUGUAUUUCUACCAGCCCAGACAUGGCUGUUUUAGCUAACCAAAACAAUAUUAACGGAUGAGCUGUUAGUAUCUAUAGGUAAUGGCUAAAAGAAACAAAUUCAUGUAAACGAUUUCUUUUCACGAACCACCUGAAUGUUUGAUUUCUGUCACAUAGAACAGAUACAUGUCACACUAGUGACUAGUAAAUCAGACAGAAGAAAAUCUUUCCUGGAUAAGAAUGCAAAGAAAAAAUAAAUAAAAAAUGUUGUUUAAAAUGGUCACAAAUGUUUCCUUCAUUGACGGCAAUCAAAUUUAAGUCAGCUGUGCAAAUCAUAUAUCUUACAAUUAUUACUGUUUCUUGUUGUUGUUUUUGUUUUUGCAAUGCAGAUUUACAUAAAAUAUUACUCUACUGGAAUGUAUGAAGGCAUAUAUAUUAACAUCAUUUUUAUUAAGAAGUGUUCAGUUAGUACAAAAAUAUCUUAUUAGGUGUUCUGCAAUUUUCAAGUGGAGUUAUGAAUAAUCUUUCAUGAUAUAUCUAAUAGAGCUCUGACAGACUUCUGCAACGGGGACGUCGCAUCAGAAGCACGUAUAUGGCUAACUUGGCAAAUGCGACAGUCUAGUUAGCGCUACACGACAAAUGCUGUUUGUAUAACCCCGAAUUAUUUAGAUCAAGCAUUAUGUAAAUGGCAUGUGUUUAUUUCAUAAAGUAAUGUGAUUUGUUAAUUCUCAUUACUUUUGUAAAGGAUAUCCUGCAAAAUGAGAUAGGCCAAUAUGACCUUCACAAAGUACCCGGUGAGAGAUUUUGAUAUAUUUUAACAUGAAAUUUGAAUACAAUCUGGUUCCAACAAACAAACAAACAAACCAAAACGAACUUGAAAUUUUGAUUAAAAUAUAUUUAAUGUUGGCGGUUUACAACUUAUUUUCAUAGACAUCUGUUUGUUUCAGUGCAAGUUCGAACUAUUUUACACUGAGUGAAUACAUACCAGAAACAAUAUUUUCAAAAACUGAUCUGCCAAAAAUAAAAAUAUAAAAAAGAUAAUAUUCAAAAGUGCAAGAUAACUCUAUUUUACAUGUUUGCGGAGCAUAAUGUCGCCAUGUCCGUCCAUCCCGGAAUAUUUUCCUACAUUUUUAUGAUUUUAAGGUAAAUGUUUCGCUAACAACAUAUGCCGUAAAUUGCCAAUACAAAAUUGUAUAUAACUCCUUUUACAGUUUUCAAAGGAUCUGGCUGAAAGUUACAGAAAAUAUCCUUAUGAACUGUACUUGUCCAUAUUGUCAGGACAUACGUAUACCUCGUCAUUGCUCUUUGAAAUGUUACAAAAAGUGAAAUACUGCUGGAUAACCUGUUACAGUUUUAAAGAAUUUAAGACAGCUUGCUCUGUCAGGAUAUGGCUGAACCAUAACAAAAAAAAAUUCUGACCAUUAACAUUUUGACAUUUUGAAUAAUAAGCCAUUUUGCUAUAUUUGUAACCCCUGUAACAGUUUUCAAAGGGACCUAGGCCAAACAAAUAGAAAUGUUAGCUAUUCAACAUACUGUUACGCUAAAAGGAUACUGCCGUAUUCCUCAGUUUAAAUCUCAUCCAAAUAAACGAAUCUUUUCCCUCCUAAUUAUUAUAGCAAAAACAUUUCUAUAUGUUGUCAUUCUUUUUUUAUAAUAUAACUGUAUACUCUUUCUAAGUCCUAAAUCAUUCGGGGAGCAUACAUUUUUGAAUAAGAUUAUUUAUAAUUCCAUAUUCAAUGCCAUUUAAAUGGUUUCAAGUAAACUGUAGAUCAAAGAUAUUUUCUUUUCCUUUAUAUUUUAAUAUGAUUGGGCUUAUAGUUUAACGUUUGGAAGUUUACAAUAUGUACAUUUAUGUUUUAUUGAAGCAUUUAUGCUAUUAAGAUAUCCAAUUUAUCAUAAAUUGUAUUUUAUGUGUAAUUCAAUGUCAGUGAAAAUCUUAUUUUGAUUUCUGUUGGAAACAAUAGAUUUAUCAUAUGUUAAUUUGUCAUUAUAUUUCAGUAACACUCUUGUCAGUUUCAUUUUAAUGCACACAUGCAUCUUCUUAUGUUACGUGUAAUUGUUUUAUCCUCCACUUCUAGUUACUGUUCUAAUAAUAUAUUCAAAUUUUCUUUUAGUCUAGUUUUGAGUAAGUUUUCUCGGUUACUUAAAUACAUUCCGGAUGUUUGAUUUAAUAGGUGUAAAAUGAAAGAAUAAAAAGACUGUGCUUUGUCACUUAAGAGAUAGUCUAGAAUACAGUUUCAGGUUGUUUAUAAAGUUAAAUGGGUAAAAUAAUACUUUGAAUUUACCACAUAUUAAUUAGACACAGUUAAGAUGUCAAAUACGUGACUAUAAUUAGUAUAGUAUAUAUUAUUUUAGUAUGUAACACGUGUACAUCAAUAAACACUUUGUCUGGUCUGCCGAUCAUUUUGGGGUUUAUUUAGAUUAUUGAAUGUGUUGCAAAAAGAUGUGGAGUACUGUAUUUAAACUAUAUUCAUCGAUGUUGCUCAACAUGCGAAUUAAACAUGAAGAAGUGUGAAAUACAUACUUUAGUUUGCAUGAUAAAAUAAAAUGAACAGGGUUGUACAUUUUCUUGCUUGAAAAAGACGAUAUUUGUCAAAAUCAAUUCUUUCAAAUAGUGGUGCCUUAAAAAUCUCUCAUACAACGCAGUAGAUAUUAACUGUACUAUCUCUAUGAAACGUAGAUGAAAAAUGAUUCCUUAAAUCUAGUCGAAAUGUGUUGUUUGUUGUUGUGUAGUUGAUUUAAGUACAUCAAAGUUUAUUGAUGUCUAUGUGCAACGUUCAGAGAUACAGUGACUUUUACACACUGUAUUUCUUUUCCAUAAAUGCUCUGCAUUUCAUAUGUGCCAAUUCAGGACUGCAAAAAUAGCCAUAUCUACUUUUUGUUAAUAUUUGUUUUUAUAUCUUUUGGGAGUUUUAUAUUUAUUAUAAUGCAAAAUAAAAAAAAGCUAAAUAUGUA